CGACUGUGUACACUGCUAGACAGUCCCGCGUGGGGAGUGCAGGUGACUUCGGUUGUGGCCGUCGCGUCCUGGGAGCGUCGCUGCCUGGUGAACGCUGGAUCGCUCAUCUCUGAAACCCAGACGAAGGAGGGCGCGACAUCGCGAGAGUCCUUUCAGCCUGGCUUCGGCUUACGGUCUUCGGAGCUAAUGUUCAUUGGUCCCACAAAGGGGUCCCACGUCGCGCCCAGGACACUGAGGCCGUGAGGCAGGGAGCCAGAGGUCGUCUGGACUCUUCCGCACUAGUCGAUUUUCGUACUAGAGGGGGCUUUGGGAUCACCAGUCGCGGCCCUUCGUGUUACAGAUGAGGAAACCUCUCCAGAGAGGGACCGGAAUGGGUUCAAAGCCCACUGCCGCCCAGGCUCCACGCGGGGGUCCGGCACAUUGGUGAUUGAAGAUAGAUCCACAUAUGAAGAUUCAGCUGCCCUCUGACUUCCAGCCAUUACCAUCACCACCCACCGCCAUUUCCUGAGCACCUACUCUCUGCUGGGCUCUGCCCUGGACAUUGUGAGGGGAUUCCAAAGAGAUAAAAAGCACAAUCCUUGCCUUCAAGCAGCUUGUAAUUUAAUUUGGGAACUGAAACCCACUCAAAUGAAGCGACGUAAGAAUGGUAACAAGCAGUAUUUCACUAGAAUGGGUACUAGGAAAAAAGUUCAUGCAUUUGUCCGUGUCAAACCCACCGAUGACUUUGCUCAUGAAAUGAUCAGAUAUGGAGAUGACAAAAGAAGCAUCGAUAUUCACUUAAAAAAAGACAUUCGGAGAGGAGUUGUCAAUAACCAACAGAUAGACUGGUCGUUCAAGUUGGAUGGAGUUCUUCACGAUGCCUCCCAGGACUUGGUUUAUGAGACAGUUGCAAAGGAUGUGGUUUCUCAGGCCCUCAAUGGCUAUAAUGGCACCAUCAUGUGUUAUGGGCAGACGGGAGCUGGCAAGACAUACACCAUGAUGGGGGCAACUGAGAAUUACAAGCACCGGGGGAUCCUCCCUCGUGCCCUGCAGCAGGUUUUUAGGAUGAUCGAAGAACGCCCCACACAUGCCAUCACUGUGCGUGUUUCCUACUUGGAAAUCUAUAAUGAGAGCCUGUUUGAUCUCCUGUCCACUCUGCCCUAUGUUGGACCGUCAGUCACACCAAUGACCAUCGUGGAAAACCCUCAAGGAGUCUUCAUUAAGGGCUUGUCAGUUCACCUCACAAGUCAGGAGGAGGAUGCAUUCAGCCUCCUUUUUGAGGGUGAGACCAACAGGAUUAUAGCCUCCCAUACUAUGAACAAAAACUCUUCUAGAUCACACUGCAUUUUCACCAUCUACUUAGAGGCCCAUUCCCGGACCUUAUCAGAGGAAAAGUACAUCACUUCCAAAAUUAACUUGGUGGAUCUGGCAGGCUCAGAGAGGCUGGGGAAGUCUGGGUCUGAGGGCCGAGUCCUGAAGGAAGCCACCUACAUCAACAAAUCGCUAUCAUUCCUGGAGCAGGCCAUCAUUGCCCUCGGGGACCAGAAGCGGGACCACAUCCCCUUUCGGCAGUGCAAGCUCACCCACGCUCUGAAGGACUCGUUAGGGGGAAACUGCAAUAUGGUCCUUGUGACAAACAUCUAUGGAGAAGCUGCCCAGUUAGAAGAAACGCUGUCUUCGCUGAGAUUUGCCAGCAGGAUGAAGCUAGUCACCACUGAGCCUGCCAUCAAUGAAAAGUAUGAUGCUGAGAGAAUGGUCAAGAACCUGGAGAAGGAACUAGCACUGCUCAAGCAGGAACUGGCCAUCCAUGACAGCCUGACCAACCGCACCUUUGUGACCUAUGAAGCCAUGGAUGAAAUCCAGAUUGCUGAGAUCAACUCCCAGGUGCGGAGGUACCUGGAGGGGACGCUGGACGAGAUCGAUAUAAUCAACCUUAGACAGAUCAAGGAGGUGUUCAACCAGUUCCGGGUGGUUCUAAGCCAACAGGAACAGGAAGUGGAGUCCACUUUGCGCAGGAAGUACACCCUCAUUGACAGGAAUGACUUUGCAGCCAUUUCUGCUGUCCAGAAGGCGGGGCUUGUGGAUGUUGAUGGCCACCUAGUGGGUGAGCCUGAAGGACAAAACUUUGGACUCGGAGUUGCCCCUUUCUCUACCAAACCUGGGAAGAAAGCCAAGUCCAAGAAGAUAUUCAAAGAGCCCCUUAGCUCCUUGGCAAGAAAGGAAGGUGCCAGCAGCCCUGUGAAUGGGAAGGACUUGGAUUACGUUUCCACCUCCAAGACCCAGCUGGUCCCAUCCUCCAAAGAUGGGGAUGUCAAAGACAUGCUUUCGCGGGACCGGGAAACUUCCAGCGUUGAGCCCCUUCCCUCAGACUCCCCGAAGGAGGAAUUACGCCCAAUUAGGCCCGACACCCCACCCUCCAAACCAGUGGCCUUUGAGGAGUUUAAGAACGAGCGAGGUAGUGAGAUCAACCGAAUUUUCAAAGAAAACAAAUCCAUCUUGAACGAACGGAGGAUAAGGGCCAGCGAGACCACACAGCGCAUCAAUGCCAUCAAGCGGGAGAUUGAUGUGACCAAGGAGGCCCUGGAUUUCCAGAAGUCACUGCGGGAGAAGCAAGGUGAAUAUGAAAACAAGGGGCUGAUGAUCAUCGAUGAGGAGGAAUUCCUGCUGAUCCUGAAGCUCAAAGACCUCAAGAAGCAGUACCGCAGCGAGUACCAGGACCUGCGUGACCUCAGGGCUGAGAUCCAGUAUUGCCAGCACCUAGUGGAUCAGUGUCGCCACCGCCUGCUCAUGGAAUUUGACAUCUGGUACAAUGAGUCCUUUGUCAUCCCUGAGGACAUGCAGAUGGCAUUGAAGCCAGGCGGCAGCAUCCGGCCAGGCAUGGUCCCUGUGAACAGGAUUGUGUCUCUGGGAGAAGAUGACCAGGACAAAUUCAGCCAGCUGCAGCAGAGGGUGCUUCCUGAGGGCCCUGAUUCCAUCUCCUUCUACAAUGCCAAAGUCAAGACAGAGCAGAAGAACCAUGAUCACCAUAGGGCUUUGUGGAAUGAAGGAAUUAAUGUAUGUGAAGUGCACAGCAGGUCCUCAACCAAUUGAAACAGCCAUGACAGUAACAAUAACUGUAAUAAUAAAGAUGCAAAUGUACCCAGCAUUAUGUUUGAUAGGUGAUUAGCUUGUACACACACAUACACACAUACAUAUACAUGCAUGCACACAUACAACCAAUGUUAGGCUCCCUCUCCACUCCCUAAAAUGGAUUUUGGAUUUGAAGAGGCAGCAUUUGGGCCAAUAUUAUCUCUCUCCAAUUAAUGCUGUCUGUCAUGGCAUUUUAAGACCAAUCUCUGGCCGGGCGCAGUGGCUUACACCUGUAAUCCCAGCACUUUGGGAGGCCG